UGAAAUCGCAAAGAGGGUGCGACAUCUGCAAGAGCAGUUGAAAAACACAAUGAUGAGGAGCAGCCAGUGUGGCAAACAACACCCAAUCCAUCACACUCCAAUAACUCCAACAAAGGCAGAUUCCGAUGCAACCCUGGCUUCUGUCCUCGUCAUGUUCCGGCUUAAUGGGCCUCAGAAGGCAGCAAAGUUGGACUUCUUCCACAAAAUUUGGUCCCUGUACAACAAGCUUUUAAAAAGAAGCAGAACAGUGCACCUUGGGCGGAAUCCUGGCAAUUCUUCUAACCCUUGGGCGGCGAAGUCGGAC